UAUGAGAUUACAUAUUUAAAAGAAGAGUUGGAAGAGAAGAAAACAGAUGCCGUAGAAGCGCUGAGGGAUGCGUCUGAGAGUGCUGUUUUAGUGACCUCGCUGAGUGCGUCAGUCACCGAACGAGCAUUGCAGAUAGAGGAACUUGAGAAGCAAUUGCAAGAAGCCCAUGACAGCAAGGAAACGCGCGAGGAGAGGGUGCUUGAACACAUGCCACAUGGGGCCACCGAUCGGCUGGUAGAUGAACUGCGUUCAGUGCAAGAGGAGCGUGACGACCUCAAACGCGACCUCGAUGAGCUCAAACACGACCUCGACGACGCACGGGCAGAUCUAGACUACUCCACCGAUGACCGAAUCAUAGACCUUGAGGACAAACUGGCGGACAAAGACUCUCAGAUCCACA